AGAUGUGCAACUGGCGAGGCGUGGCCGAACAUUAUGCUGGCGUGCCUUAAGGGGAGGCCAUGCGACGAGGAAGCCGACAAGGGCAACGAAACAUGCGGCUCAACGCUGGCAUACGCUUAUUUUGUAUCGUUCAUAUUCUUUUGCUCAUUUCUCAUGUUGAAUUUAUUCGUUGCCGUUAUUAUGGAUAAUUUCGAUUAUCUCACCAGAGACUCCAGUAUAUUGGGUGCCCAUCAUUUGGACGAGUUCGUUCGGAUAUGGGCUGAAUAUGAUCCAAAUGCGACUGGUAGAAUACAUUAUACGGAAAUGUAUGAUAUGUUGAAAAAUAUGGAUCCUCCGUUGGGGUUCGGUAACAAAUGUCCCAAUCGCCUCGCCUACAAGAAGCUGAUACGUAUGAAUAUGCCUUUGGAUGAUGAAAUGAGAGUACAAUUUACAACGACGCUGUUUGCGUUGAUACGCGAAAAUCUGAGUAUAAAGAUGCGAUCUGCGGAGGAAAUGGAUCAAGCGGAUUCGGAACUUAGGGAAACCAUAACGAAUAUAUGGCCUUUGCAAGCGAAGAAAAUGUUGGAUUUGCUUGUACCACCCAUAGACCAACUGAAUAAGGGCAAAUUGUCGGUUGGUAAAGUGUACGCCGGUCUCUUGAUAUUGGAGUCGUGGCGUACGACGCGAUUUGGACAAAUCGAUUCUGGCAUGCCGAAACAAUCAUUCUUCAAUUGCCUGCUCGAUAUGGCGGCGCUCGACAAAGGCGGAUCGCGUCAGGGCUCCAUUAGCUAUGAGGCAAAUGGCGAUGGUGGCGCCAACUCACAAACGCAUUUAUUAGCUAACAUAAAUCAUCAUCACCUAAACGGUGAUGCCGAUCACAGUUUGGCAUCACUGGCACGCCGGACAACGGUCAAAAAACGUUCAGUUAG